AACUAUCGAUAAGACCACUGUGGACGAGGUGCAGACGGUUAGGACAGGGAUCACAGUAAAGGCUCCGAUGCGACACAAUUUGCACGUAUCGGUUGGUGGGACCGUUGAAAAGACGUUCACGUUUCCCAGCGUUGGAACUGGAUCAAUCAACAUGUGCGCUAGCGUUGUGAGAAAAGGGUUUGAAUCAGGACACCCGACAGAAGUGGACUGCUUUAUAUGGAACGAGUCGAGUCUGGACGUGACCCCCCGGGUCACUCUAUACCAGACACAGGUCUAUAUGUGUGGCGAACGGCAUAAAGCAGUGGAUGUGGCCCUUACGGAAGCCCUCGUGGGUCAGGUGGUUAAGGGUAGUGCUGAGGAAUGUAAAGUCUAA